AUUGGGACCAGUCAAACCCAGCCUGCGAUUCUUGCCCUAGCCUCCCUGUCCAGGAGCCCAAAGUCACAAAGUGAAAGGCCGGAUGCAACGCAGGGAGCCGGAGCAGCCUGAGGCAGGGGGGCCACCAGGAGUGCAGGGCCCUCCAGCCGCGCUUAGCAGCAUCUCCACAGCAACCAGCAACCAGACGGCAGCAGCCUAGGCAGACGCAAAAGGACUACUUCCCACCGUGGCCAAGGAAUGACAACGGCAAAUCAGGCCACAGCGCUGACAAGGGAGGUGGAGUGUCACUAGAAGGGAGGGUGCGGCCACCGCCCCACUGCACAGAGCGCCAUGCUGGCUGGAGAAGAGGCACUGGGGCAGGGGCUGCAGUGUGUCACAGUAUUGACCACAGUUUUGCCUUGAACACUCCCAAGGCCCCUGGCUCUUGUCUGCUGGGCACACCAGCGCACAUUUCAGCAUCCCUCAUUGCAGCCAUCCCUACUUGGUGGCCAGAGGGAGAGGCGCACAGUCAGUGCUCCCACAUCUGGGUCUGCCGCUGCCGGACCAUGGGAUGUCGGCAAAGCUCAGAGGAGAAAGAGGCAGCGCGGCGGUCCCGAAGAAUCGACCGCCACCUGCGCUCAGAGAGCCAGCGGCAGCGCCGCGAGAUCAAACUGCUCCUACUGGGUACUAGCAACUCAGGCAAGAGCACCAUAGUCAAACAGAUGAAGAUCAUCCACAGUGGUGGCUUUAACCUGGAGGCUUGCAAGGAGUACAAACCCCUCAUCAUCUAUAACGCCAUUGACUCGCUGACCCGCAUCAUCCGGGCCCUGGCUGCCCUCAAAAUUGACUUCCACAACCCAGAUCGUGCGUAUGAUGCUGUGCAGCUCUUUGCACUGACUGGUCCAGCCGAGAGCAAGGGAGAAAUCACACCUGAGUUGCUAGGUGUCAUGCGGCGGCUGUGGGCCGACCCUGGGGCACAGGCCUGCUUUGGUCGCUCGAGCGAGUACCACCUGGAGGACAAUGCGGCCUACUACCUGAAUGACCUGGAGCGCAUCGCCGCACCAGACUACAUCCCCACUGUGGAGGACAUCUUGCGCUCCCGGGACAUGACCACAGGCAUUGUGGAGAACAAGUUCACCUUCAAGGAGCUCACAUUUAAGAUGGUGGAUGUGGGUGGGCAGAGGUCGGAACGCAAAAAGUGGAUCCACUGCUUCGAAGGUGUCACAGCCAUCAUCUUCUGUGUGGAGCUCAGUGGCUAUGAUCUGAAGCUCUAUGAAGAUAACCAGACGAGUCGAAUGGCAGAGAGCCUGCGCCUUUUUGACUCCAUCUGCAACAACAACUGGUUCAUCAACACCUCACUCAUCCUCUUCCUGAACAAGAAGGACCUGCUGGCGGAGAAGAUCCGGCGCAUCCCGCUCACAGUCUGCUUCCCGGAGUACAAGGGCCAGAACACGUAUGAGGAGGCCGCCGUGUACGUCCAGCGGCAGUUUGAGGAUCUGAACCGCAACAAGGAGACCAAGGAAAUCUACUCACACUUCACCUGCGCCACCGACACCAGUAACAUCCAGUUUGUCUUUGACGCUGUGACAGACGUCAUAAUACAGAACAAUCUCAAGUACAUUGGCUUAUGCUGAGGAGCCAGGCCUGUCUGGCUUGCCUGUGGUGAAACCCACGGGGUGUUACACCCCGACUCGUGCUAGAGAGGCCCAACUCAAGGGCAGAAAAUGGGGGGGCCUGAAGAAUGUCAUCCCCCCACCCCGUCCCUUGGCCUUGGCCUCCUUGGCCUCAGGUUUCUGCAAACAAAUAUAUAUGGAUAGAUUGCUAGGUAGGUAGCCACACAGGCGCGCGCACACACACACCCACACACACACAUCUGGAGAUGUCAAAGAUCUCCAAAGCAUUGAGGUCUCUUGAGGACAUAUGAAGCUACUGUCACAAGUUCACUCCAAGGCCAUUCUGUCCCUUCACUCUGCCUUCUUGAAUUGGCCCCAGUUCUGCAUGGGGUCCGCGUUGGACUUCUGGGGAAAGGCGGCAGGGUCCGGGCUAAGUUGAGCCAGUGGUGCCCAUCACUCAGAAGAAGGCCAGCUCACCACCCAAGUGCUGGACUGGGGACCUUGCCACUGAGCAGUAGUGAAGACCAGAGCAGGGAUGUGUCCCUUCCCUGCUUGGCCACAUCUGACACCAUAGCCUCUCUGCACAGUGUUUGUCUCAGACCUGGGACCUAAGGAGCCAGGUUAACAGCACUAACCAGAUCUCCAGCCACUCCCAACUGGUUUUAAACAGCUUCAAAAUAUGCAGCAAAAAUCCACACAAGCAAAUGAGUGGCACAUAUUCCUUCAAACUAGGCCAGCUGGCUUUCCAGCUUUUCUUCUACUAGUCUGAUGUUUUAUAAACCAAAACCUAGUUUUUCUUCUCUGACAUCUUUUUUUUUUUUU